AUGACUCAGGUUUUAACAGGAAUUCUUGAGGAGUGGAAGUGUCUGGAGGAUGAGAAUCACAAACUUCAGGAAACACAUCGAAUGUAUUUACAAAAACUGGAUGAAAUCUCUCACCUCCAGAACAACUGCACAUCAUCCAUUUCCCGUCAGCGUAAAAAACUGAAGGAGACGUCCCGCCUUGUGAAGAAGCACAGCAAAAAAUCGUCUGGAGAAGCGCUGACGACGCUGGAGGGGUUAAAGGAGAAGAUCAAGACAAGAGAGCAUGUCUUCUCUGAAAUGGAAGCGUUUCUUCCCAAGAAAAAUGGCGUCUAUCUCAGUCUGGUUCUUGGAAACGUUAACGUCACUCUCCUCAGCAAGCAAGCAAACCUGCUGCUGCUGUCUGUCGUUUGUUACGUCUUCGUGAGCUACAGGUUUCUCGAUGCAAUCCUUAAUUUCCUGCUUGUGUGGUAUUAUUGCACACUAACCAUCAGAGAAAGUAUCCUCAUCACUAACGGCUCCAGAAUUAAAGGCUGGUGGGUUUUUCACCACUACAUCUCGGCUUUUUUGUCCGGUGUAAUGCUGACAUGGCCAGAUGGGACUCUUUACAAGACAUUCAGGAACCAGUUUCUUGCCUACUCCUUGUAUCAAAGUUUUGUUCAGUGUUUGCAGUGCUAUUAUCAGAGCGGGUGUCUGUACAGACUCCGAGCCCUGGGAGAAAGACACAACAUGGAUCUGACUGUUGAGGGAUUCCAGUCGUGGAUGUGGAAGGGGCUGACGUUUCUCUUGCCCUUCCUGUUCUUUGGUCAUUUCUGGCAGCUCUUCAACAGCCUGUCUCUGUUCAGGAUGGCUCAGCUCCCAGACUGCAAAGAAUGGCAGGUCCUGAUGUGCGGCCUCUGCUUCCUUCUGCUUUUUCUGGGGAAUUUCUCCACCACGCUCGCAGUUGUGCGUCAGAAGCUUAAAGGCAGGAAUCAGAAACCAAAGAGCGCGUGA